ACAAGGCGAACAACAAGGUAGCUUACGUUUGUAUAUAUCCCUGACAUCGGCAACUCGGAAAACAGUCGGCUAAGCAUUGCUUCGGAUAUGGUGGUGACGCGGUAGAGCCAAAUCGAGAGCGAAGUAGUGAAAACGGCAAUAUUCUCCUUAAACACAUGUAUAUAUCAUCCACAUACGCUCAGUAAACCCGCAGAAGUAAGGUUUCCCCAAGUUUUCGAGGAUUCAUGGAGGAGAAGAAGGAAGACGGCGACUCGGAGAUCCAGGAACACGGACCCGAGCACUGGUUCUCAAAAUGGGAGCGGCAGUGUUUGGCCGAGGCGGAGCAGCGAGAGCCGAGCGAGGAGGAGGCCGACAACGACCAGGAUAAACUGUGGCAUCUUUUCCAGAACUCCGCCACCGCAGUGGCACAGUUAUACAAAGACCGAGUAUGUCAUCAACAGGGCCUGUCACUCUGGGUGCCAUUUCAGAAUGCUGCUACGGCAGUCACCAACCUGUACAAAGAGAGUGUCGAGGCCCAUCAGAGAAGUUUCGACAGGGGCAUCCAGAUAGGACACCAGCGGCGUAAUAAGGACAUGUUGGCCUGGGUAAAAAAGCGCCGGAGAACUAUCCGCAGGGAGGAUCUUAUCAGCUUCCUGUGUGGCAAAGCACCCCCACACAGGAGUAGCAGGGCCAGCACGAGGCUGGCCAUGGUGGCUCCCAGCCGGGCCAACUCGCCGGCUGAGACCGGCUCGUCUGUGGAAGCCGACCUGCAGCCCUUCAGGGAGGCCAUCGCGCUGCACGGUCUGAGCGGGGCCAUGGCGAGCAUCAGCGUGCGCUCGGGCCCCCCGGGGUCCCCUACACACGUGAGCGGGAGCAGCAGUAACGGAGGCGGCGCCGGCGGAGGGGCGUCUUCGGGCUCGGCGGCGUUGUGCCGCGGCAGACGCAACGGCCUCCUGGACGUAGACCUGAACACUUUCAUCUCUGAGGAGAUGGCGCUACACCUGGACUCGUCCGGCUCGGCCUCGGCCGGGGGAGGGGGCGCGGCCAGAAAACGAAACUCCACCCAGUGCAGUGACGUCAUCACAGACUCGCCCACUCACAAACGCAACAGGAUGAUUUGAAGCGGCACUGGGCUUAACGUUCGGAAGGCCGUCUGCGGCGGAUCGUGUGGCAGGGAUCCAGGCAGUUGUCUCGUGGGUGAAGAUGCCCUGUGCUGAAGCCACUUGAUUCUCGACACAUUUGUGCCCUUACCCCCGCCCACCACCCACCACCUUAACAAGGACGUGAGGUGUCACCGAGGACGUCAAACACUUCUUUCUGUUACUCACUGGUCCACACUUGAUGUCCAGCCCAGUCCUUGGAUUGCUUCAACCACUUUUUCUUUUACCACCAGUGUUAAACAUCAUUUCCACUGUCUACAACAGUGAUAGCCAAAUUUACGUUUCACUCAGUAAAAAGCCUUUUUUUUUGGGUUAUUAUAGUAUUCAUUGAAGAUAAUUGAGGAUCUUGAGAGAUGUAUUCUCCCCCCCCACCACCCUUUUUUUGCAGUCUUAUUCUAAAAAGCAGCUGCUCGAUUAUGUGAUUGUGGGACUUUUCCGAUGAGUUGCAAUAAGGCUUUUUGCACUUAACUAUUUCAUGCAAACAAAAUCAGCUCUUCCAUUACGUUGCAGUCGUAGCCUCUCCCGAGUCCUGACGUUUGGAAGCUGCUGAGCGCUUGGCGUCACUUCUCUAGUUUUCCUGUUUCUGGAUUGAACUUUGAGAGAACAUCGGUGCUGUAAGAAUAAAAGGUUGUCAACGGCAAGUCUCGAACAUUUCUCAUCAGACUCGAGAUGUGCUCCCAAGCUAUUCCAUAAUUUGCUCUCUCAUAGGCUAUCAUUUAAUUAAAAUGCCAGACGAUGGCUUUCGGAUAUUGUUUUGACACACCUGGCUCAAAUUUUUGUAGUUUUUUUUAAAAAAAUGAUUCCCCGAAGAUCUCGUGAAGCAUUUUAUUUCCAGUCAGGCUCUGCUAUCUUGGCAUUUACACUUGAAGUGACCCACCGUGUGACGUUAGUGACGCUCUCAUCUCGACAACACGGGAAGUAUACGAAGCGUGUCAGUUUUGUUGAAACUUCAAACCCGUUUUACUUUGGCUCUCACUUUCCUGCAUGAGCGCUGGCUUCAUCUUUUGAUUGUCUCGCUUAAUCAUUUGCUUCAUUUAUUAUAAUUUUUUUUGCAGAA